AACUCACACCCCUAAUCAGUGGUGAAAAGCAAGGGAAGGACAGAGAGAGUGGGGAUUUGUCACUCACUCUCAGUAAAGCCAAGGACAGAGAGAUACCUGGAGUCCAACUGGUGAAGUCCUUGUUGCGUGUGUGUGUGCCUCUCCGCCACAGUGCUGACCAAGGCAUACGGCGACUGGGAUGUACUUUGGCUGCAGUGACAGAAGACUCUGUAAAUCACCUGGACAGCAUAAGCAGAAACACAUACAGUACAUACACUCAUUUUUUGAGCUGCUCACUUUGUUGUACACCUUUUUUGAGCUCGCAGGCAGAAGUCCUGCUCUUUUACCUGGUGGACAGCCAGUAGUAGGUGAGCCAGCAAUGUCUUGGGACUGUGGCCUGAGGUACAUGUUCUCUGUGCCCCCUGUGCUGCAGCAGGGCAGCAUGUGUAUCCUUCAUGAAAAAGAAGACCUGUCCAGACUGGAGAUGGUCCAGAAACUGGCCAAGGAUGGCUGCCGUUUCCUGCAGACCCACAGCAAGGGCCCAGAGAGGACAAGUGAGCCCCAGAGUGACGAGGCAGCCCGAGUGUGUCUGAGGGAGAGGGGCCACGAUGUGCUGGUUCUCCAGAGAAUAUCGUCAGAGCAGCCAGCCCUCUCUGCAUCGGCGAGGGGAGGAGGGAGAGAGGAGGCUAGGAACAGGAGGUACGUGGUGGUAUCAGGGACCCCGGAGAAGAUCCUGGAGCACUUGCUGAGUGACCUGACACUAGAUGACGAGCAGGGGACAAAACAGGACAAAGAGUCAGAUACACUUCUGGAUGAUUUUCUGCUGACCUACCCAGUGUUCAUGUCAACCAGUGAUUUAUGCCAAGCUCUGCUGGGACACUAUUGCACCAAGCGAUACAGAGGGAAAGAGGACAGGAAAGAGGCCCUGGAAAGGAAACAAAAAGUCCUGCACCUGGUGUCACAGUGGAUGGCCCUGUGCAAAGACUUCCUGAGGGAAGACGAGCAUGUCAAACGCUUUAUGAAGACUUUGUACCGUUCCGUGUUGGAUGAUCUCUAUGAGCACCCAGCCCUGGAGACGGAUGUGAGGGAACUGCAGAAACAAUACCAGCUGCAUCGCAGACAUACGGUGGAUGAGUAUUCCCCUCAAAGAAAGAGCAAAGCACUGAAAGAGAACGGGCUCCAGUCCAGAGGUACCCAGAGGGAGACCGCGGAAGCGCUGUGUCAUGUGUAUAUUACCAUGGACUCGUACCUGAGUAUGAGGACCCAUACUGGGGUAGUGGCCCAGGAGCUGCUGCAGGCCGUGGCAGAAAGGAUGGAUGUCCCACUGAGGGAACUGGUGCUAGUGGCCGUCACUUAUCCUGGAGGGAGGCUUCUUCUGCAGCCUCAGGACAGAGUUUUCUCUGAUUCUGUACGGCCAGUGGGGAGGCUGCAUGUGUGCAGGAAGGACCUGGGUGAAGUCCUGAACCCGUUCACAGACAACUCAGAGCUGCAACAGAGGACAGCUUGCAUGCUCAGUUUAAACACAUGGGACGUGGCUGUUGCGCUCACCAACUUUGACUGGACCAUCUUUGACUCAAUACACGAGCAAGAACUUGUCUAUUUCACCUUCAGCCGCCACAGUAGCAGUAGCCACACUGUGGCGUUGGAGAUGCUGCUGCAGCGCUUUAAUGAAGUCCAGCUGUGGGUGAUGACAGAGGUGCUGCUGUGCCCAAUGCUCUGCAAAAGGGUCCAACUCAUAAAGAAGUUCAUCAAGAUUGCUGCCCACUGUAAAGCACAGAGGAACCUCAACUGUUUCUUUGCCAUUAUAAUGGGCCUGAACACUGCAUCUGUUAGCCGCCUCAGUCAGACAUGGGAGAAAAUCCCUGGGAAAUUCAAAAAGCUGUUUUCAGAGUUGGAGACAAUUACAGAUCCCUCGCUGAACCACAAGGCCUACAGGGACUCCUUCAAGAAGAUGAAGGCGCCAAAGAUCCCCUUCCCUCCUCUGCUACUGAAAGAUAUUACAUUCAUUCAUGAAGGCAACAAGACGUUUCAUGAUAACCUGGUCAAUUUUGAAAAGCUGCACAUGAUAGCAGACACAGUGCGUCUCAUCCGGCAGUGUCAAAAAGAUCACAUGGGUAAUGGCAUCACCCAGAAAAGCAGCUCAGAAGUGCGAGCCUACAUUGAUUACCUGCAUAUCAUCGACAAUCAGCAGACUCUGUUUGAACUGUCACACAGGCUGGAGCCUCGUGCUUAGAGACAGUUCUCACUUACUUCCCACAGCGUCAGCCAGACUGUCGGAUUGCCAAGGAACAAUCUAUCUCUGUCUCACCUCUCUCUCAGGACUCAGUCGGCAAAUCAGAGGACGCUGCAUGAUCCUGGCCGACCACAGGAGGGAGCCACCCAAUCAGGAAACUCUCACCGGAGAAGGGGAAUAAGCAGAAAAAAGACUUACAUGUAUAGGUGUUUGCAUAGAUCUACAACAAUGUUACUAAUCUAAAAAGACCAGCUGCAGUGCCAGCGGUUCAGACUUGUUCAAGAAAAAAAGUGGAAGUGCUAGAUCUGCAGGUCCAAACCUACUGCUGCUAUUUUAAUUUCCUCCACAUGGCAGAGGUUGGCAGGUGUGGAGCUGUUCUUUGACCAAACACCUCCCCCUCGUGGAGAAUCAGCAGCCUGCAAUAAGAGUUUGUUCUUAGCAGGUGAAGCGCUUCCCUUCUAAAAAACAAACAAACAAAAAAACAAGCAACAGAAAACAAAACAGUACGUUUGACAAAAAGGACCACUCACUAGCCUUUCCAGAGCUUUUACCCACAUAAAACACAUCACAUAAAGUAACUUAGAUUGAAUUAACUCAUGAUACUGUAGGCCUACAUCUUUUGUGUAUUUUCAGUGUUUAAAGAUCUGGCAGCAGUGGAUUGUUUCACCAAAGAGUAGUUCAGUCCUAUAUUGUACUGUUUUCCGAGUUCAACACAAUCCAGAUGUUUUCUUCUCCAGAUGUAGGACAUACAGUCACUAAGAAAGCAGCACAAUGAAUGCACAACAUGCUGAAUCAAGGUGACAGAAAUUCUGAAAAGGACUGUUAAAUAUUUAAAGUUUUCAUCAUCUAUUUUUACAUAGCAGAAUCCACUUACUUUGCAGUUUUCUAUUGUUUAACCAUUAAGUGUUUUAGAUGAGGCAAUUCAGAUGGUAUUAGAGCAGAGAAUUAGGUAAUACACAAUGUACUGAAUUCCAUUGGUGUGUGCCAAGCUGUGUGUCCUGUCUGUGAGUUAUAACUGCAUAUGUCAGUGCCAAAUACCAUGAAAAACACCCAAUUCAAGGUAAUGCUAAUUGCUCAUUUUUUUAAGCACAAGGAUCUCCAUGUAGUUGAGCUGUGGACAAUCAGUUAAAAGAAGCAGCAGACCCAUAUCUUUACAUCUGUAGGGGUCUUUAAAAUCGAGGUUAAAACACAAUACAAUACAUUUUGCCACCCAGAUAGUGUUUGAUUUGUUGAGGUUCAGCGACAUCGGCUUUAGCUGUAUGUUACUCAGAGUACCAGUAAUUAGCAAUUGAAAAACUCGUCACCAUGUCUUUUCAAGAACAAAGACAUGGUGACUCACAACAACCCACAAUAACCCUUUUUCUGACUAGUCUCACUGAGAGCUGCUUCCUAGUUAAAUCCAGUGCUACAGAGCUACAGCAUAUCUAUCCUCUGUAAGUGUGUAGAAGAAACAUGUUUGAUUGUGCUUUUUGGGGGACCUUUCCCUACAAGUAAAGAGCAAUAGCAAAUACAGCACCUUCCAGACAACAAAACAUAGAAAAAUAGAAACCAUUUGCUUUUGUGCAGUGUGUAUUAACACUAAUAUAUACACUUGUAUAGUGUGUAGUUAUAAAAGAUACUGUACAAUAUUUAUUAUCUCGAUUGGCCCACUUAAAAUUCUUACCUUUGCCCUGAGGUUAGGCCAUUUUAGUGUUGUAGAGGAAACUUUGCAUAACAUUGUUGACAUUUAAAACCCUCCGUGAACAUAAAAAGAAAAUGCUUUAGCAGUAUCAAUGUUAAUUUGAAUUUAAUUUGUAUCAACAAUGUCCAUUUGAUUCUAUUUAUACUGUAUAUAGAAAUGUUGAAAAUUCUGGAUACAGCUAUUAAUUUAUUUCAGAAUUAUUUAUUUGUUCUAUAAAUAUUACUGCUAUAAGUCCUUGUUUGAUUUCAUGUUUUUUUUUGUAUGCACCAUUUUGGCUGGUCUGCAUGAUAUGGCAAACCAUGGAUUGACCACCACUGUCAGCUCUGCAUGCAAUAAAAUAUUUUUCAUCA